AUGACUAUGCUCAGCGUCUUGGUCCAUCAGCCCCUCAUCGCCUUCUCCGUCUUGGCCCAUCAGCCCCUCAUCGCCUUCUCUGUCUUGGUCCAUCAGCCCCUCAUCGCCUUCUCUGUCUUGGUCCAUCAGCCCCUCAUCGCCUUCUCCGUCUUGGCCCAUCAGCCCCUCAUCGCCUUCUCUGUCUUGGUCCAUCAGCCCCUCAUCGCCUUCUCUGUCUUGGUCCAUCAGCCCCUCAUCGCCUUCUCCGUCUUGGCCCAUCAGCCCCUCAUCGCCUUCUCUGUCUUGGUCCAUCAGCCCCUCAUCGCCUUCUCUGUCUUGGUCCAUCAGCCCCUCAUCGCCUUCUCCGUCUUGGCCCAUCAGCCCCUCAUCGCCUUCUCUGUCUUGGUCCAUCAGCCCCUCAUCGCCUUCUCUGUCUUGGUCCAUCAGCCCCUCAUCGCCUUCUCCGUCUUGGCCCAUCAGCCCCUCAUCGCCUUCUCUGUCUUGGUCCAUCAGCCCCUCAUCGCCUUCUCUGUCUUGGUCCAUCAGCCCCUCAUCGCCUUCUCCGUCUUGGUCCAUCAGCCUCUCAUCGCCUUCUCUGUCUUGGUCCAUCAGCCUCUCAUCGCCUUCUCCGUCUUGGUCCAUCAGCCCCUCAUCGCCUUCUCCGUCUUGGCCCAUCAGCCCCUUAUCUCCUUCUCUUUGGUUCAAUGGGCCCCCACAGUUAUCCGCACCUCGGUCCACAGGUGUUGGCCAUUGCCAAUCAUGGCUGACGAUUAUCGAAGUAGAUGA